AUGCAUAUUUCCAUAGCUAAUUUCGGGGACAGUGAUGAUCUAUUGACGAUAGAGAUACCAUCGGACUUAACACUAAAAGAUUUGAAAGUUAUAAUUGCAUCGGAAACUGAUUUCGGAAUUGAAGCAGUUCAGAUGAAUCUUUAUCAUGAUGGUAGAUUACUUCGCGAUGAAAAUCAGACUCUCGAACAAGCAAAUGUCAAAGAUUAUGAUGUUGUUACCUGUCAACGAAAGCUACUCAAUGAGAAUCGCAACGAACAGGAAGCAGCGACGAGUCGACGUUUUCAAAUGGAUCCGAAUAACCCACAACACCUUUUCGAGCAACUGCGUUCGAAUCCUACCGUUCUUCAGGAAUUUCGUCAAAAUGAUCCUCAACUAGCUGAUGCGAUCGAACGAAAUGAUAUAAUGGCAUUUAUGCAAUGUCUAAUGAGUCGAAUGGCACUUCGUCAGAGUGGAACAACAGAGCGACAACCAGAGGUUGAUCUGCUCGAUCCAGAAAUACAACGGCGUAUCGAACAGCGCAUUAAUAUGGAAAAUGUCAUGGAUAAUAUGGAACACGCAUAUGAACACGCCCCGGAAUUCUUUGGAAAUGUUGUCAUGCUCUACAUCAAUUGUAAAAUCAACGGUCAUUCCGUGAAAGCUUUUGUUGAUUCUGGUGCACAGAUGACCAUUAUGAGUAAAGCGUGUGCGGAACGUUGCGGAAUAAUGCGUCUUAUCGAUACACGUUUCCAAGGCAUUGCUAAAGGUGUUGGAACACAAAAAAUCCUUGGACGUAUUCAUUUAGCACAGCUUGAAGUCGAAAAGCAAUUUUUUGCUACGUCACUAUCCGUACUUGAAGAACAAUCAAUUGAUAUGUUAAUCGGACUUGAUAUGCUUCGUCGUCACCGAUGUGUUAUUGAUUUGGAUAAAAAUGUUCUGCGAAUCGAAAACAGCGUUGAAACAUCUUUUUUACCUGAAUCGGAAUUACCAUUACACGCUCGGCUAACUGGAAAUACACCUGGUUCAGCUGAUCUUGACCGCACUGAGAAUCCUUUACAAUCUACGGCAGUAGCAUCUGGUAAUUCUAAUAAUCAAUCGUCUCGACGACUCGAUCCACCAUCUCCUUUUCCCGAACGAUUAAUCAAUGAAAUAACCAAGAAGGGAUUCACCAGAGAACAAGCCAUCGAAGAAUUAAAAUCAACAAAUGGCAAUGUUAUGAAAGCACUUGUUUCGCUUAUGGCCAAAUCUUUAGGCAAACCUAAACGACAAAAUUAA